AGCAUCAAUCUGGCCCCCUGAAAGUGCUCCUGUUGCUGCUGUGCCUGUUCGUUGUAACUGAAGGGCUGUUCUGUGGCUUAGAUUUACUGAGGAAACAGAGCUCCUAUCUUUCUCCUGUGCAGCUAUCUCCUUGGCAGCUCAGGAGGAAUGAUUUACUAUAGAUCACAGCUCUGUUUAAUUCUGUUUCCCUUCAGUAUCAUACUGUCAGAGCAGCAGAGCAAAACGCAGUAGUGCUUCCGGAGGAAGGCUGCUAUCAGAGGCCACCUCUGUAGCAGAGGCUGGAAGCAAGGAGGAACAGUUUACCAGGAAAUGCCUGUGUUCAUGUGCUGGUCGCUUUGGGGAAGGAAAAGGCAUCUCCCACUUGAAAGCUUCCUCAAUACACAACCCCAGGUUGUGUAUGAUGGAGCUGCACCAGUGUGAGCAGUACCAAGAACACUCACUUCUUCCCUCCAGAGCCUGGGAAAGGUCUGACCAAAGUUGUGGUCUGAAAGAAAAGUCAAAUUCUGUCCUUAAUCAAGCCCUAAAGUGGGAGUUUUUGAGUGUUUUUUGUUUGGGGGGGGUUUUGAUGGUGGUGUUUUGAUUUGGUUUGGACUUUUUUUGCUACCGAAAAGUCAUUACUUGCACAAAUCCUUGUAAGGAAAGAGCAGGGAAUUUCCUUUGGAAUUUGCCUGCCUGACACUCGAUAUGUCUCAGAUGUGUGUUAACAGAGAAAUGAAAAGAUUGCGCCAUAAAGUGAUAGGGGAUAAUGAGUUUAAUCUCUGUUUUGCUGUCCUGGGAGACAGAGCUGGGGCAAGGGUAUUGGCACUAGCGUUAUGGUUUUAUGGCAACCACAGAAAAUACCACCUUAACGUGUUUCCCUGGGGAAGGGUCUGUUUUCAGGGUCCCCAGCAAGGUGGAAUAAAGGAACCAAAAGACCUGAGCGUGGGUAAAGAUGCCAGGAGAUUUUCAGAUGAGAAGGAUAUAAUACCUGUGUAUUUUCUGCAGCUUGAUCUCUGCUUUCCCAUUCAGUGGCCCAGAAGGGCUCUUAACCUCACUGUGAUCUUGAGAAAUGCAGUAAAAAAACCCUUAACUUUAAUAACGUUAGUGACACAUCUAACCCAGGGCCUGAAUGAGCCAAUCUUUAGCUUCUCUGCCAACAAGGCAGAUAAAUGGGUGGUGAUUUGCUACUGCCAUCGGACAUAGGGAUUUUAAAGGAUGCUGGAGUGGGUGAGCACUGUUGUGGAAACCUUAACUGGACAGCAGGCCCUCAAAAGGGUUUCUGGAGGUGUGUGGUGGAAGCAGAGAGGUUGACAUCAGUACCUGGAAACUCAUUGGCUCUGGAGCUGGACCAGAAUAUCCAAGAGGUUAUUCAAACACAUGAAUCUUUUCAAGUAAAGAAUGCAACCACGUUCUGUCAAGGAGCGCCCAGUCCCCUACCAGCCUUUUGGGAUCCAGGACACUCUUCUUGUUUAUAAUGCUCUAUCUGGGUCUUUAACUUGUUUGGGUUGGGUUUGGGGCUUUUUGUUCCUAUGUGCCAUACCUUGCUGUUCUGGGCCAUGCUAAGUUACAGGCACUGGUGCAGAGCCCUGCAUGUUCCCAUUCUCUCUGGCACCAGGGAGCAUGUGGGUCAGUCCAUGGGACCAGUUGUAGCCCAGCAGAGCUGGGUGCAGUCCGAAUGGCCAGCAGCAGAGUGGGGCCAGCUUCUGCUCCAAGGGAGGUGGGAACAGAGGAGGCUUGUAAUUCAGGUAGCUGAUUAAUGUGGGGCAUGUGGGUAUCCUUAUCUCUCCCCAUCGCUGGGGUUUUCAGAGGAGAUACCGUCCUUGCCCUACUCCCCAUGUUGUACUGGGUGCUGCCUCCCUGCUCCCUGUCCUUUCACUGUGACUUAGGUUCCCUGUGGCCUGGGGUGGAGCAGGACCGGAAAGGGGCAUAGGGGAAGUUACAGCAGCUGGUAGGAAAUGGCAUUUUGGGGUGCUGCAAAGCAGCCCUACCCCAUCCUGUCUGCAGAGGUGGUGUUUUGGGGUGCAGCGGUGCAAGUCUGCUCUGUCUGCUGUGGAGCUGUGUUUUGGGGUGCUGCGGGGCAGCUCUGUUCCAUCAUUUUGGGGUGCCACAAAACAGUCCUUGCUGCAUACUGCCUUAUCCUGUGCCAGGGAUCAUGCUAGGGGAAGGAGGUCUGGCUGCACCUUCCAUCCCCUCUGCAUUCCCAUUUGCGGGGCAUAUGAUCAUGACAGUCUGUGGCACUGCUUCCUCCCUUGUGUGAUUUAUGGGCUGCUGCUCAGGAUAUGGCUCUGGGCUUGUCUCAGACAAAGCAAGAAUCCGGCGUGCUGUCAUCACCCUUACCUAUGUGCAGGCUGCAGAGGUAACAUCAUGGCAUCCCUCUCUGUCUCUGCUUUGGGCAUAGGGCAGUGGUUGUAACUGGGGACAGGAGCAGAGGAGUUCCUGAUCCUGUGUGCUUCUUUCCUCAAUCCCAUUUCUUCCUUGCAGCCCCAAAUCUGCCUGCAUGGAACCUGUUUUGCAAUAAACCUGCUGAACUGAAGGCAGGCAGAGUAAAACCAGGAGGCUAUAAAACAUUGUGAGCUCAACCCAUGUGUCUGCAGCAGUGUGGGGCACACGGUCCCCACAUGUACAUGUUGGUACUAGUUUGUACUGAUGAUGAGGAUGGUCAGAGCAUCACCCCGUGCUUCCCAUUGUGUGUAUCCGAUGUGUCCUCCAAGCCACUGUCAGCACAGCUCUUUUGUAGGUCCAGCUUCCCAUGGAUGGCUGCAACCUGCCUUGCUUGUCUGAAGCAGGUUUUAUUUGAGGCAGUGCCCUAAGGGUUAAGCCACAGUUGUGGGAUAGGGUUUGUAGCAGGAACAAAGAGGGCUUUUAAGGUCUGCGUUGGGCUGGGAAUAGAGGGAAUGGAUUGAGCCUUUCCCAGUGUGUUGAAUUACAAAGGUCAUGGAGACCCUUUUGCUGGGAGGCAGCAGUGGUUGAGGUCGCUGCUGGAAGAGAGAGAAAAGAAAUUGUGAAACUCAGUGAGAACAACUUCAUGGGGAGCUUUAAGAGCAGAGUGAAAACUGGAAUUGUAUCCUGAGAUGAAUGAGUGGUGAACACAAGGCUGGGAGCCAGGAGGCCAGGACUGCAGGCUUUGUGCAGGCCUUCUGCCCUGGGACUUUGGGGCGGGUUGGUUUUGUUUUCCCCCUCCAUGUAACAUUUGCAGCUGCCCUUACACAUGGCAUGUGAAUUUGCAGCAUCACUCCUGUAGCCAGCUCUUGGGCCUCUCCAACCGGCUCUGAGCUGACGGAGGAUGCAGAGAAUAAGAGGCAAUGCCUGGAAGGGAGGAUCUCUCCAAAACGCAGGCAGAGGAGACAGCUCUGGGUGCCUGCAGGCACAUUUUGCCUGGACAGAAGAGGGAAUUUGACUUUUCAAUGCCUGCCCAAGCUCAAACUGGAUUUCUCACAUGUACUCAAGGGGUAAAGCCCAGUUAUAGCCCCUCUGCUUCAUGCCAUCUAUUCAGGGUGCCGUGCGAGGGUCCAGCAAUAGAAGCCAGGGAAGGGAUGGAUGGCAGAAACAUCUGUUUCCCUUCCCACAGCAAGGUGGGAAGAGGACACAGCCCCUUUCCAUCUCCAGCUUCGGAUGGCACGAGCCAGCCGGCCGGCCCACCCAGGACGUGUAUGGAGGGCUGCAGGAUGUGCUGAGUCAACAAGAGCAUCCCCUUGUUGAGGGUGGGGAGCUGAUCGGGGCUGUGGAACAAUAAGGGCUUCCAGCCUGCAGGAAGGAUGAGCGCCAGCUGUGAAGCAAACGGUGGGCUUUCCAAUUUUAGCCAACUUGGAUUUGUGUUACCGACCAGAAAAGGCGGUUUAGUCCUUAAAACUUGGCACCUGGCCUUUCAGCUCCAUUCCCUGGCACAGGAUGAUGGAGAUCCCCCAUUUCAUGUAAAGAAGUUCCACAUCUGGUCUUUAUGUUGGAUCAAACGACCUUGGAUGUGAUUCUUGGAGCAAAAGGCUGAUGCUUCACUGGGCUCUGUCUAGGAGGUGAGAGCUGAUCCCAGGGAAUACUCCAUGAGGGCCACUGCAUCCACUACCUGUCUUAGCAGCCUGGAGGCUGCUCUACUGUCCAGACACCAUGGGAGAGCUGUAGGGAGCACAGAGCUGCUGUGAGAGCCCAGAAAUGGAAGGCUUCAGGGCUCUCAGAGACCAUAACAUCUGCCCGCCUUGGUAGAUGGCCUGUUCUCAGAUUUGUGCUCUGUGUGCCUGUUCUUGUAACCAGGAACCAUUUCAACACAAGGGUCAACUUUGUGUACUUGUUGCUGCUUAGCAUUGACAUUGAGAAAGCCUGAACUUCUCCAUCUGCUGUUGCCCAAAAUCCUCUCUCUCAUCCCCAUCUUCUGGCAUCACCUGUGCUGCAGAAGCAUGCCGCUAACAUAAAGGCAUCAAAGCCGCGGUGCUGGUGGAUUAUGACUGCAGGGGAGCUGUGUUGAAUCUGCAAAUCUCUGUUGUGCAUCAAGGACACAUCUGAGCAGAGCCACUGUGUAAACCGAAGAGCUGGAGAGGGCAGUGUGGCAGCUCAGAGGCACACCGUGAUGGUGGGAGCCAUUCCACGGCAGCCACGCCGCUUCUGGGGGGUGCCUGGCUGGCUGGUGUCUUCAGCUAAUUGUGCCAACAGCCACCCCCUGCGGGACAGGGAAGUUAAUCCGGAGCAACCUGGGGUUCUGCUGCAGAGAGAUGCUGUGCUGCAGUGUAUCCCAUAGUGGAGGGCUCACCCAGGUAUCCUGAGUGAGGGGAGGUCCAACUCUCACCCCCUGUCCUCAUACCCUGUCCUGUGGCACUUUACCGUCUCCUUUCUGCUACUGCAUGGGCUGUUGUGACUCCGGCUCCGCUCGGAGUCCAGGCAAGUGAGGCUCCAUGCGGCACAUCCACACGGAGACGUCCCUGCCCCCGGAACGCAGCGCAAACCCCAGCCUGUCCCAGCCCAGUGGAGAGGCACCCUUGGAGGCUUCCUCGCAGCACUGCACCCACCGCAGCAUCCUCAUGGGCUACAACGAGACAGAGAUCAAGCGCCAGAAGGUUUAUCAGGUCUCCAUCUUCUCGCAUCUCUCCAGCUCCUCGGGGAGCGCAGAGCAGCGGGCGGGCAGCCGGACGGCUGUCAAAAGGGGAUAUCCCGAGCAGCGCACUACAGAGGGAGGGCGAGACCCCAAACGAACUCAAUGGGGUGUCGGAGGGGUGGAUGGUAAAUGCGAUGUGGACCCUGGGCAGGCUUCCCUGGAUGAUGAUGAUACCUUUGAGGAUGGUCUGUUGGUGGAGGAGCUCUCCCUGUGCGGCUCUGCACAGCACUUCUCCCACAGCGGGCUGCGGGUAGUGGAGCACCGGUGUGAGAGCAGCCCUAUCCACAGCCCCAAGGCCAGCGGAGAGGACAAGUUGCAGGACGUCUCCUCUUCCUCCUGGCCCCAGCACAUUGCCUGCAGUACUUUGCACACGAGAGACGGUUGCCCUGUCUCUUCUGGGGAUCAGCCCAUAGACUAUGGGCAGAAUGGAGAGCGGGCAAGUGGCCACAGCUUGCUUCACCUUGAUUUGCACAAUAUUGCACACACAGCACAGCUGGACUCUGGUGGGAAGGAAGAGAAGUUGGGGAGCAGUCCGGCACACAGCAGCAGGGCUAGCGGAGAAGAGGGAUGGUCAGCAGUGCGCAAUGGGUGCAAGGAGCAGGCAGCUCCACAGACAGUACUAAGCCCUGAGCCCAGCAACCUGGGCUCCCUGGACAAGACACCCUGUGGGAGCAGCCAGCUCAGUGCCAGCAGCUGCCCGGCCAAGAGGAAGCUGCUGCCUGCUGGUGAGAUUGUGGCUGACUCCUGCUCCGAGGAUGAGAGCCUGUCCCCACCAGUAAGGAAGAAGAGGGUCCUGCCGUGCCAUCCUGUGCCCACAGCCUGCCGCAGCACUGAUGCCAAGGGGGCUCCUUUCUGGAAUCACCUGCUUCCCACGGCCAAGAGCUCUGUGGGCUGCACUGCAGUCGGGAGGAGGCUGAAGAGCGAGCUGCGCCUCAAAUCGCGACAUCUCCGGAGCAGCCUCCGGAGGGGCACCAGGUCCUCCUCAGCACCCUGGGCCACCACCACCAUCAGCCAUGCUCUGCUUGGCAACUUUGAGGAGUCCAUCCUGAAAGGGCGCUUUGCACCGUCGGGGAGGAUCGAGGGGUUCACAGCAGAGAUCGGCGCCAGCGGCUCCUACUGCCCUCAGCAUGCCACGCUGCCCGUUGAGGUCACCUACUUCGAUGUCUCUGAACACAGCGCGCCUUCACCUUUCCUGGGAGUGAUUGACUUGGAGGCCUUGGGAAAGAAGGGUUACAGUGUCCCCAAAGCUGGAACCAUCCAAGUGACCUUAUUUAACCCCAACAAGACUGUGGUGAAGAUGUUCUUGGUGACAUACGACUUCCAGGACAUGCCUGCCAACCACAUGACCUUCCUACGCCACCGCAUCUUCCUGGUGCCCGUGGGGGAGGAAGAAGGGGCCACCAUGGCCCCCAGGGACCCAUCAGGCUCCAGCCCACCACGCAGGGUCCUGUGCUACCUGAUGCACCUAAGGUUUCAGAGCUCCAAGUCGGGGAAGAUCUACCUUCAUGACGACAUCCGGCUGCUUUUCUCCCGCAAGUCGAUCGAGGUGGACUCGGGCAUCCCCUAUGAACUGAAAUCCUUCACGGAGAUGCCCAGGAACCCCUGCUACUCACCCCGGGCCUGACCUUCUGCACCCUCCAGGGCCACUGGGCAGCCUCCAGCCCAGCACUUCGGGCAGUGAUGAGUGAAGGGCCAGCAAGCAAGCAUUGCCUUGAAGGAUCACCCGCCCCAAGUGCCGCUGUGCUUCCAAGCAGUGGGGACACCGUGCCCUGCAGCAGGGCUGGUGUUACCAACCUGGCUUGCGGAGCAGCCCUGGCGUUCCAGGGACAUGGCCGAGCCCUUCUGGCAGUGCUGCUCCCACCCUGGACACUUGGCUGUAGCUGUGGGGGGGGGUGAAGAGUUGUGCUGGGGGCUCCGGGUGAGGCUGCCCACGCUGGUCCCGGGAUUGGGAGCAGGAAGUGUGGAAGAGUUUGUAUUUAUUAGUAUUUAUUGUUGCUGGGAGCU